GUGCCCAUCUAAGAGACACUCACCUGUCCCAUGCCACGUAAGCAGUCUGGGAAGGUGGAGGGCCCAGCUAAGGGCAAAACAGAGGAAGGGGAACAGCCCACCAAGGAAGAAGGUGAGCCUAAGGGCAGCAAAAGCCCUGGCUCUGAAUCACGGCAAAGUUCCCUGUCUGUGCGUAGGCACAGUAAGAAACCACAAGUUGACCCCCAUGCAGCUGCCAUCAAGACCUACUCACCAUUCCUCAACACUGUCUUUGGCAAGGAAAGGGAUCUUUCUGCAGAGGAGCUUGAUGAACUGCUAGAGGCCUUCAAGGAGUUUGAUACUGAUGAGGAUGGCUACAUCAGUUACAAGGAUUUGGGGGAGUGUAUGCGAACCAUGGGGUACAUGCCCACUGAGAUGGAACUUAUUGAGAUCUCCCAACACAUCAAAAUGCGCAUGGGUGGGCGUAUUGAUUUCGAGGACUUUGUAGAAAUGAUGGGCCCAAAGCUGCGUGAGGAGACAGCUCACAUGGUGGGCGUGAGGGAGCUGAAAAUCGCCUUUCGUGAGUUUGAUACAGAUGGAGAUGGAAUGAUCAGUGGAGCAGAGCUACAGCAGGCUAUGAUUGCCCUGUUAGGACAACAACUCCUGGCCCAGGAGGUGGAUGAGAUCCUGCAUGAUGUUGACCUCAAUGGAGAUGGAAGAGUGGACUUUGAUGAAUUCGUGAUGAUGCUGUCAUCUCGGUAACUAGAUCUGAUGGAAUGGGAGUAACUCUUUGCUUUCGUAGCUGUAAGGAAUCAGCUGCUCUUUGAUGGAUCUUCAUCUCCUGGUACCGCCCACAGAAGGCUGAAGUCUUUCUCCCUAUUCAUGAUCCUUCACAGGCUUCAUGAAAAUCAUGCACAUUAAGCUAUAUAUUGAACUCCACCUCCCUGUGCAAAGAAUCUCAAAGAGAACUGUUAUCUCUGUCCAAAUUGAGCUAUCCUGACUGAGGCAAUUUGGCUUGGCCUAACCUAGAGAACUUACAUCACAGUCCCCUUUCCCUAUCAACAGGAAAUACUCAGCAGUCCACAGCAAUGCAGCUGGGUAUGGAAAAUCAUUUGCAAUCAUCAAUGAGAUAUAGAGCAGGCGUGAUUCUGCAGUAUUUAGACCUUCUGCACAAUCAUAGUCUCCAUUCUUGACAUCAGAAGCAUUGCAGAUUGCUGCUAAAGUAUCCAAUAAGUGCAAAAGUUAAUAUUUCAAUCCUUUUUUGGUGAAAUUUAUUAUUAUGCUAUAUGUUACACAUCAGCUAAAACAUAUUUUUACAAGAAAUGCUUCCUAAAUACUUUGUAAUUGUGACACAUUGGCCAAUUAUGCACUGCUGCUCUCCUGUGCAGCAAGGGAACAUUCCUUCGUGGCAGAGAUUUCUGUACAGACACACUUACACUGAUAGCGCUGAAGAUCUCGAAAGCCCUGCAGUUAGUGACAGCGGGGAGAUCCCAAUAUUUUCCCUCUCUUCAGAAUUUCUGCUCCCUCCGGUCUUCCCGCUCCCCCUCCUUGCUCCCUGCUCUGUGAGGGCGGGCAGAGAGAGAACUGUCAAAGGAACAGAGGGAGAAAGAGAGGAGGGGGAGGCAGCGGCAGUAGCAGCAGCGAGCUGGGAGAGAUUGGAGAGUAGGAUCCCAUGAGGUAUGCAAGCAGCCUGCCAGUGUUCCACCAAAAAGGCGAAUCUGCCUCCUCCCUCAGACAACAGCUGGAUCUACUGCUUUUGUUUCAAAAACAGAGCAAUAUCAAUAUAACAGUAACAGCAAUAUCAAUAUAACAGAACUUUAAAGGACUAUAACAAACCCAGAAAUCUUGCAGCUACUGGGAUCAACCUGGAAGUGGGGCAGGCAAGCUGCACAGCAGGCAGUGCCGUGGGGUGUCUUCUCAUGGGUCAACAGAAGUACAAGGAGAUCCCACUAAGGCUCCACUGUGCUAUGAAGAGCCCCAAGGAAAGGACUCCGUGCAUCAUGAGCUUCUAUAUCCUCUCUUUAAAGUUGUCAAUUUGAUUUGGAGAAAGAUUUCCUUACAUUUCAGAAUCAAUUUGUCCUGUAGGACUUGAGUCUGAUUUCCAAUAUAGUGCAAAUACUAAUCUAGCAGGUGUUUACAGAUGUGCAAUUAAGUUUUAUCUUUCAGAAAAACAGCUUUGUAACUUAGUGGCAUGACCGCAAUGGAAAAAGGAAAAUCUACAACAAUUAACAUUUUAUUUCUAUCAAGGAUGCACAUGUCUGGCUGAACUGAAUGGUGAAUGCAUGUCUCACUGGCAUAAAACUGCAAAACCAAAGAAAGGCCCCUGUGCAGAAGCAGUGACAUGGAUUCAAAGGAAGGAUUCUGUGCUAAGAUACACUAAGAUACAAAUAUUGCUGAAUAUAAGAAUGUGUGUUUGUUUUGUUAAUUCUGUCAGAUCUAGAAGUCAGAUCAAGUGAUGAUGAAUAGGUAAAGUCACCCUAUCCAGAAAGCUGACAAAAGAAUUUCCUCUGGAUAACUGUUUGCUAAGAGUCCCCACUGUUACUACAGUCUAAUAAGCACUUCCCAAGAACGACAUUGUUGAAGCCCAAACCUGGACAUAUUUGUGCAGUGCAAUGGUUUGAGUAAUCUUACCCCCUCCUAUGCUGAGGGUCAGCAGGACUUUAUACCACAGCAAAUUGGCAGAGAACCUGCUUAGCAAGUGCAAGGUCCCAGUUUCAUUCUUUAGCUAGUCAGAGUAGAGAACACUGGGUCUGGACUUGGCGGGCCCACAGUAUAGGGAAGUAUCAUUUGUAGGGUCUUGGAGAAAGGAGCACCAGUGCAUACAUAACUCACUUAUUUCGUUUUCUUUUAACCACUGGAAAAAUGCUAGCAGAGUUAGAAGUUUUCACAGAACAAAAAUCUUUACCUGUGUAAACUUUUUAUUGGAAAUUCUUCAGUUAUGGGGUGCCUUGAAACUCUUUCUAGGUUCUUCAGGUACUUCCAUAAAAUACGCAAUAAUGAACACUGUUUCUAUGUAUAUUCUUCCUGAUUACUCUGCAGGCAGACAGGUACUUUAGGAAGAGCAAAUAAAAAUACAAAAGAAACAAUCACACAGGCUAAAGUUGGCUUUGCUGCAAAGGUUUUCAAAUACUCAAGAGUCUCCUGAAGCUAGUGAAUCCAAACCUUGUCUGAACAAAGAGGGAAUAAAGUCGGUGCAGUUAGCAAAGAAGCACCCAAAAUCGUAACUUGGUGCAUUUUGGGAGAUCUUCUGCUGAAAGAAUUGUACAGAAGCUCAGAACUGACAAGGAAUCCCCAUUGUUCACACAUAGCACAGAUAAUGUAAUUAUUGUAUCUGUCUGAUCUGAUAUCAAUCCUAGCAGUUGUGAAACUGUGACAGGGAUCUUUGGAGUAAGUAGGAAAAUUGAAACUGAACUGAGUUUUCCCAGGCAGCCCACAGCUGGACUGCAGGAUCUGCAUGUAGGUUUACAUCCAGCAUCCAUGCUACAGGGCCAUAUUGGCUCACAAAACUAGGGCAAUUCUGUCCCAUAAUUAUUAAAGGACAAUCUGAAGAAACAUGUUGAGGGCAAGGUGAGUGUGUGUUAUUUAAAUGCAAACUCCGUGAACUACUCUUUCUACAUAAACACAGGAAAUGUCUCAAGUGAAUGGAUUGGAUUGAGAUUCUUUUAAUUUUUUUUGCAAGUGUAGAGGCCUUGGAUAACUUGUAAAAUAACAGCCCAGAACAUAUAAACUAUACGACUGUAAUUGCUUUCUGGCAGUGUAUUAGAUGUCUCAUUACCAUAAUUAAACUCAACUUGUUACAACUUC